AUGGAGUGUAAGUUCAAAGGGGUAACUCAUGAGGUGAGAGGUGAGGUGAAUCUUGAUUCUCAAGUCAUAUCCAAACAGGGUAGUUUCAAGUACCUUGGAUCUGUAAUCCAAGGGGACAGAAAGAUUGAUGAGGAUAUCACUCACCACAUUGGAGUAGGAUGGAUGAAGUGGAGGCUUGCCUUCGGUAUUUUGUGUGAUAAGAAGAAGGUGAAAGUAGCGGAAAUGAGAAUGUUGAGAUGGAUGUGUGGGCAUAAUAAGAGAGAGUGGAUCAAUAUUGACGCUAUUCAGGAUAAGGUGGGGGUGACCCCCGUGGAGGGAGGAGCUGCCGGAAGUGAGGCUGAGAUGGUACGAACAUAUGAGGAGGAGAUAUCCGGCAGCUCCAGUAAGGAGGUGUGA